UGAAAACAACAUGUCUGCCAGGAACUGAGAAGCAACAACCCUGGGUGACCUUCACUCUCAAGUAGCUGCUCACUCCCAAGUUAAACACUGAAUUUACUCAGAAGUAGGCGCAAAUUGGUACUUGACCGUCAUGGCUGAUAUGCCGAAAAAGCAGUAUGAUCUGGUGGUGCUUGGAGCCACUGGAUAUACAGGGCAGUUUAUUGCUGAAGAGGUUGCCAGAAUUGCCAAAGAAAACGAGGGCCUAACAUAUGCCUUUGCUGGCCGUAACAAGGAUAAGCUGGACAAGACGGUGGAGAUGGCAAAGACUAGGACAGGUCUUGAUUUGCAGAAUGUUGGUAUUAUUGUUGCAGAUGUUAAUGAUGAAGGAAGCCUCCUGAAUAUGGCAAAGCAGGCCAAGGUUGUCAUCAAUUGUGUUGGACCGUAUCGUUUCUAUGGUGAGAAAAUUGUAUCUGCCUGCAUCAAGGGAGCAGCUAAUCAUGUGGACAUCAGUGGGGAACCUGAGUACUUGGAAAAAGUGCAGUUACGCUACUCCAAGGAGGCUCAAGAUAAUGGAGUGCAUGUUGUAGGCUCCUGUGGCUUUGACUCCAUUCCUGCUGAUUUGGGAACACUAUAUUUGCAGGAUAUAUUCCCAGGAGAUGUGAAUUCUGUGGAAGCAGUAGUUAGCCUGGAUGAUACCUCGGUUGGCAGUGCUAGUAUCAACUACACAACACUGGAGUGUGCUGUCCUAGGAUUGAUACACAGCAAGGACCUGAAGAAGCUGCGUCAGGAGCUAUACACCACUCCUCUGCCUAAACCUGCUUACAAACCUGAACCACGAGGAAAGUUGUUCUACAGUAAUGAGGCUGAGCGCUGGUGUCUUCCCAACUUGGCAUCUGAUCGCUCUGUUGUGGUGCGCUCGCAGCGUCUGCACUAUGAACUGGAGAAGAGACGACCUGCUCAAAUAAAUGUCUAUUUUGGCACAUCAUCAUUAGGAACUGCCAUAGGUGGCAUAUUUUUUGGAAUUUUCUUCUACUUCAUGACAUCAUUUGUGUUCACCAGAAAUCUGCUGUUGAAGUAUCCAGAGCUUUUCACAUUUGGUCUAUUCACUCGAAAGGGCCCAAAACGCUCUGAUUUGUCCGGUUUGAAAUUCUGUGUGACCUUGACUGGGAAAGGUUGGGAUAAGAAGUUGGAAGACCCCGAUGAACAGUACACACAGCCACCCAAUAUUACCAAAGUAGUUCAGGUAAAGGGACCUGACCCAGGCUACAAUAGUACUGCUAUUUUUGCAACCCAGAGUGCCAUGACCAUCCUUAAAGAAAAAGACAAACUACCAGGAAAGGGUGGUGUGUAUACUCCAGCUGCAGCCUUCCUGAAGACUGACCUCUGCUCAAACCUGGAAAAAAAUGGCAUCAGCUUCACUAUCAAGAAAUAAAUACCAAGAGUUGUGUUUACAUACAAUAAGGGACCAUUGCACAGUUCUGAUUUAGAUUUAGGAAUGGAGACAUUAACCUUUAUAUACUGUAAAGGGCUUCAUUUUUAUAUUUUAAAUGCAGAGUAUUUUUCAUAGUACUGUAGUCCCCUGCUUAUGAUGUUCCAUAUCUGUAAUGUACUAUAUUGUAGCUGUGUUCUGUUGAAUUAACACUUAUAUAUACACUUGGUUUAAUUAUAUAUAUACUGCUUGUGAGUGAAGGAAACAGUACCAUUAUAUAUUGGGGAAAUAUUCUUAGUUUAAAAUAAUGGAAUUAGAUACAGAACUUCAUGGAUUCAGUAUUAAAAUGGGUGUAUCGAAAAAAUAGGUACGUAGUUCCAAAUACUUGACUUGGGAACAAUUGCUGCAUUAACAUUUUGGGGUCCCACUGUAUUUUACUAGUUUGACUUGUGAAUAUUAACCCUUAAACGGUCCAAACGUAUAUAUACGUUCAUGCGCGUAGCGCCCCAAACGUAUAUAUACGUUUACUUUGUCAUUCAUUCAGCAUUGCCACAAUAAGCCUGAGUCACCUAGACAUGAGAGAAUGGGUGUGCGCACUCACUGUGUGCCAUAUUAAAAUAAUUGGGGAUGCCUGGGUACCAUAUGCUCUUUUUUCCUCAAAAAAUUUGGGGCGCUACGCAAGUGAACGUAUAUAUACGGUUUGACCGUUUAAGGGUUAAUGGGCAAUUAAAAAGAAAAUUUCUUAAUCUUGAUGCUGUUGAAAUAUACAGAACUACAAUUUCAAAGUCAAAAUACAAAAUUUUGUUUUACUGUGCCAAUAUACCAUAGUAAAAAAAUGUGUGCCAGCUAUGCAAGUUUAAAAUUAAGAAAUGUAAGUUUACAGAUUUCCUUACUUUAGAAAGACGUGUAAGCAAACACCACGACAUAUGAGUAAACAUUUUGGUCCUGAGGCCUUGACAUUUCUUCAGUGUAUGUGUGAUUUUUUUUUUUUUCAGAAUUAUUUUUGUGUUCCAGGACAUGACAAUAGUUCCUCUGGCAAAGGUUAUAUAUAGUUGUCUACAUCAACUGGUGAUGCAACCUCCCAGAGGUACUUUUAACUAAGUGUCUGCUGAUACUGGAUUACCAAUACACCCCAAGCUGUCCUAAAGAGGGAGCUGGAUAGGCACCUAGUCAUUACCUGACCAACCAGGCUGUGGUUUGUACGUCGGUUUGCAUGUGAGCAGUAACAGCCUGGUUGAUCAUGCCCUGAUCCACUGCGAGGCCUGGUCAUGGACCGGGCCAUGGGGGCAUUGACCCCCAGAACACCCUCCAGGGAAAUGUUCCUGAAAACUGGACUACCAUUUCCUGCAAGUGACAGAUCAACCAGGCUGUGAUGGCUAAAUCUUCAGAACUGCUCACAGCAACAGCCUGGUUCAUCAGGCAGUUAAGUGUGUGGUGCCUUGGACUGGGGUGUGAGGCCCUCAAAAUCCAGUCACUUAUGAUCUACACAAUCUUCUGCAUACAGAUAAGCUUUAUUUAAAUAACUUUUGCAACAAUUAAUAAGAAGCUAUAGACUUAAGAUAACUCUGAUGAUCACAUUCCUUUUUCAGAAUACAAAUGUGGCUUGCAUACCCUGACAUGUUUUUCAGUAUUAAUAUAGAAAACUAGUUAAGUACUGUAUUAUUCAAAAUACAAAGGUAUUCCUUUGAAUCUGUAUUAAAAACUGUUCAGAAUUGAGGUAGCAUGGAUGAUGAUCUUGA